AUGCCGGACCUCAGGGAGCUCAAGACCGACAUGAUGUGCAACUGGCUGCAUCAGCAACAAAUAGAGCGAAUGUGGACGACCAACAGUAUCGAGGAAGGUGUUUUGCUGAAAAAGGCUAAGGAUGACUACAGGUGUGCGCCAGAAGACCUCUCAUCACGGCCUGACGGAGUGUAUGAUGCUGUGAGGAGACUGAACGUCAAGUGUGCCAUGACAGUCAAUACGGGAGUCGUCAAACUCUUUCUCCAGGAUCAGACACUCACCCACAUGCCGCUGGACUCAGGCCUUCGGCUGCAGAUUCUUCCAAACAUCAACGCCCUACCAGACUGCCAGAAGCAUCAAUUUGCAGCUUUCGUGCGAACCAACAACAUCCUCGUUGUAUGGGACGACGACCCCAAUCACAUCCUUAAGCGUGUGCAAUCCAUUGAAGACCAGCUUAUCAGCAUGGUAUGGAAGGGAGAGUUCGAUGAUGAGGUAUCAGCACUGCCAGUUCUCAGUGCUGUACCAAGCACCCUUAACCUGAGUCCCAACGGCCACGAAGCAUCCUUGCAGGACCAUGAAGGGCCUUUGCCACCUCGUCGUAUCGUUCUUGUUCAGCCUAUUCUCACGGCCUUCACCCUGAUCCUGCUCAUCGCCGCCAUUGGGAGUGGCUGGCGGGAAAUUGCCGUCGAACUAAAAGUCGACCACGACUGGAUACGACUGGCCUUCUUCGCGGUCGUCCCCUUUCAGUGCUGGCUAGCCCUCUUCUUCAUGCAAUCCGUUGCCGGUUGCUGUGCCCAGAUCAUCGGCCCCAUUAGCCAAAUGAACGCCAACACCAAAUUCUACUCCGGCAUGCCUCCACCUCGCCUCCCGACGGACGGAUCCUGUGUGUUGCCACACGUCACUAUACAAUGCCCCGUGUACAAAGAAGGGCUCUGGUCCGUCAUCGAUCCCACGAUCAAGUCUAUCAAGGAUGCAAUCUCCACCUACGAGAUGCAAGGCGGCACGGCUAAUAUCUUCAUCAACGACGAUGGUAUGCAGAUCAUCCCAGCUGAAGAAGCCCAAGAACGGAGAGAUUAUUAUGACGAGCACAACAUUGGUUGGGUGGCUCGUCCCAAACACAACCCAAAACCUAAUGGUGAAGGCGAGCAGCCCUUUAUCCGAGCCGGCAAGUUCAAAAAAGCAUCGAACAUGAAUUACGCGCUCAAUGUCUCCGCGCGGGUCGAGGACAAAUUAUCCGCCAUGGUCCAGCCAACCGAUGGCACAUGGGCAGUCGAACACGAACGCACAGCCUACCAAGCCACAUUAGCUGAAAUCAUCAAUGAGGACGAGGGCCGCACCGAAGCAGCCGGCAACAUUCGCGUUGGCGACUACAUCCUGCUCAUCGACAGCGACACGCGCGUCCCGCAGGACUGUUUCCUGAGCGCUGUUUCCGAAAUGGAAGCCUCUCCCGAAGUCGCGAUCAUACAAUUCGCCUCCGGGGUUAUGAAUGUCACGGACUCUUGGUUCGAGAAGGGAAUCACAUUCUUCACCAAUCUCGUCUACACGGCCAUCCGAUAUGCCGUCUCAAACGGCGACGUCGCGCCCUUUGUCGGACAUAAUGCCUUUCUACGCUGGACGGCCGUGCAGGAUGUAGCGUACGUGUACGCGGACAUUAACGACGGCGUAGUCAAGGAGAAGUACUGGUCUGAAGCCACCGUGUCCGAGGACUUUGACAUGGCCUUACGUCUCCAAACACAAGGCUACAUCCUCCGACUCGCGGUCUACGCGGGCCAAGGGUUCAAAGAAGGCGUCUCGCUCACCGUGUACGACGAGCUCGCCCGAUGGGAGAAAUACGCCUACGGCUGCAGCGAGCUGAUCUUCCACCCCUUCCGCGACUGGGUCACUAAAGGACCAUUCACGACCCUGUUCCGCGACUUUGUGCGCUCCAAUAUGCCACUGCCCAGCAAGAUCACCAUCAUGGCCUACAUAGGCACGUACUACGCCAUUGGCAGCGCGUGGAUCCUGACGUUGCUGAACUACUGCAUCGUGGGUUGGUUUAACGGCCACCUCGACCACUACUACAUCGACAGUUUCAAGAUCUACUUUGCCAUCAUCAUCGUGUUCACCGCGCUGGGUAACCUCGCCCUCGCAGUCAUGCGGUACCGCGUCGAGGAGAAGACGCUGGCAUCCGCCCUGUGGGAGAACCUCCGCUGGAUCCCACUCCUGACGGUCUUUCUAGGCGGCAUCAGCUUGCACGUCAGCCAGGCGAUCCUCAGCCACCUUUUCUCCAUAGACAUGUCAUGGGGCGCCACUUCCAAGGAAGCCACGGACACGUCCUUUUUCGCCGAGGUGCCCACUAUCCUCCGGAAGUUUCGCUUCACCUUCAUCUUCUGCGUGGUCGUCAGCGUCGGCAUGGUAAUCGUGGCGGGAGUGGGGCCGCUGGGCCAAUUGGUGCCGUACGAUUGGCAGAUCGGGUGGUUCACAGCUAUUUGGCCACUGGCCACGGUCGUAGGAUCUCACGCCUUGUUGCCGUUGGUGUUGAACCCGGGGUUGAUGCAAUUUACCUUCUAA